AUGUGGCCAAAGUCGCUGCUUGCGAAACAGUCCGUUGCAUACGAGACCAUCAAGGACAUUGAGGCCGAUGAAGUCGGCGACAACAGCUCGAUCGCUCCAAGAACGCCGUAUUACUGGGCCUGGACGCGAAGACUCCGCGAUCCUGUUGUACUUGCAUUGGUGUGCCAAAGCCUCAUUAUUGUUGUUUUAUGCACUCGACUCAUCAUCAGCAAGGACCUAGAUGACCUGGAAUGCGCUAGACAACUAUCGCCCUAUUCGCCAUACAUCGAAUCUGGUGAUAUGGAGUUUGUUGAAUACACAGAGCAGAAUCACUUGAUGCAGCCCUCACCAUAUCGCGGAAAACCAACGCGUGAGGUGGAGGAAGCCUGGAUUCGUCUCUGGAGAGUCCCUCCGAUUCGCUUCCCCGAAGACAAGCUGGCGGCCCUGAACAAAGCGCCACCGGAGAAGUAUGAGCGUGUUCCCAAAGAACUGGGGGGAGGCGUCAAGGGUUUUCUCAAUGUCUUCCACCAGCUUCACUGCCUGGUAAACAAGGCCCUCUUCGUCACCUCAAAACAAGCCAGAGCUGAUAAUAUACUCCAGAAUCUUGUGCGUCAGUACACUUACCGCAACGACUACGACUACAGCAACGUGACCGCUUUUAGGGCCCCUGAAGAACUUGUUCGAGGACACAUCGAUCAUUGCAUAGAGACCAUCAGAAAGUCUCUCAUGUGCACUGCUGACGUCACGCCUGUGGUGUUUGAAAAGGAUCCAUCACGGGCUUCGGGGUCAAAGAGCGAUUUCAAUCUGUGGCGCAAAUGCAGGGAUUUUGAUAGAAUUCAGGACUGGACCAUAAUGAACAGAGGUGUUUAA